AUGCCGACCGUCCACCUCCUCGACUACGUCGCGGGCAACGUCCGCUCGCUCGUCAAUGCCAUUGAGAAGGUUGGCUACACGGUCGAGUGGGUCAAGUCGCCCGCCGACGUGCCCGCCGCCCAUAAACUCAUCAUCCCCGGCGUCGGCCACUUCGGCCACUGCCUGAGCCAGCUCGAGCAGGCCGGCUACGUCGAGCCCAUCCGCACCCACAUCCGCUCUGGCAAGCCGUUCAUGGGCAUCUGCGUGGGCCUGCAGGCGCUGUUCGAGGGCUCCGAAGAGGAUCCCAACGUCCAGGGCCUUGGCGUCAUCCCCUCGAAGCUGCGCAAGUUCAACGACGCCGACAAGAGCGUGCCGCACAUUGGCUGGAACAGCGCCAACACGUCGCGCUCCGGCGAGGCCACCGACGAGUCACUGUUUGGACUGCGGCCGACGUCCAAGUACUACUACGUCCACUCGUACGCCGCGCCCUACGAAGAAGGCAAGCUGGAGAAGGACGGCUGGCAGGUUGCGACCGCCCGCUACGGCGACGAGGAGUUCAUCGGCGCAGUAGCCAAGGACAACAUCAUGGCGACGCAGUUCCACCCGGAGAAGAGCGGCGCCGCCGGCCUGCGCGUCCUCAAGGCCUUCCUGGAGGGCAAGCGGUCGCAGAAGCUGCCAGAGACGCCCUCCGCAGCCGAGACCAAGGAAGGCCUGACACGGCGCGUCAUCGCCUGUCUCGAUGUUCGCACAAACGACCAGGGCGACCUAGUCGUCACAAAGGGCGAUCAGUACGACGUGCGGGAAAAGGACGGCAACGCCGGCGUGCGCAACCUGGGCAAGCCAGUCGAUAUGGCCAAGAAGUACUACGAGCAGGGCGCCGACGAGGUCACCUUCCUCAACAUCACCUCCUUCCGCAACUGCCCCGUCGCCGACACCCCCAUGCUCGAGAUCCUGCGCCGCACGAGCGAGACCGUUUUCGUGCCCCUGACAAUAGGCGGCGGUAUUCGUGACACCGUCGACACAGACGGGUCCAAGAUCUCGGCCCUCGACAUCGCAACCAUGUACUUCAAGUCGGGCGCCGACAAGGUCAGCAUCGGCUCCGACGCCGUCACCGCCGCAGAAGAGUACUACGCCCGCGGCAAGAAGCUCGCGGGCAACACGGCCAUUGAGUCCAUCUCCUCCGCCUACGGCAACCAGGCCGUUGUCAUCAGCGUCGACCCCAAGCGCGUCUACGUCUCCUCGCCCGACGCAACACAGCACCACACCGUCAAGACAGCCACACCAGGGCCCAACGGCGAGGCGUACUGCUGGUACCAAUGCACCAUCAAGGGUGGACGAGAGGGCCGCGACGUGGAUGUCCGGCAGCUCGUCCAGGCGGUCGAGGCCAUGGGCGCCGGCGAGAUCCUACUCAACUGCAUCGACAAGGACGGGAGCAACAGCGGCUUCGACCUCGAGCUGAUCAACGACGUCAAGAAUGCCAUCAAAAUCCCAGUCAUUGCGAGCAGCGGUGCCGGGAAUCCAGGCCACUUCGACGACGUGUUUGCCAAGACCAAGACCGAUGCUGCCCUAGGCGCCGGCAUGUUCCACCGUGGCGAGUACACAGUCAAGGACGUCAAGGACCAUCUACGAGAGAAAGGGCAGGUGGUGCGGCCCUUUGAGGCAGAGAUAUAG